UUCUCCAUUUACACCCCAUCUCAGAAUCACAGCAAAACAUCCCAGAAAACAAAGAUAGUCUUUAAAAAAACAAAGCAAUUUAAUCAGAUUAAUCAUCAUCUAACUUUCAACAAUGUCGUUGAUCCCAUCCAACAUUUUCAACACCGGUCGACGCAGCAACAUCUUCGACCCUUUCUCCCUCGACAUAUGGGACCCAUUCUUCGGCCUCCCCUCCUCUCUCACCACCGCACCUCGAUCCGACACCGCAACUGAAACCGCCGCCUUCGCCAACGCCCGAAUUGACUGGAAGGAGACGGACGAGGCCCACAUCUUCAAGGCGGACCUUCCCGGUGUGAAGAAAGAGGAGGUCAAGGUUGAAGUCGAAGAUGGGAACGUGCUUAGGAUUAGCGGGCAGCGGGCAAGAGAGAAGGAGGAGAAGAACGACACUUGGCACCGUGUUGAGAGAAGCUCUGGGCAGUUUAUGAGGAAGUUCAGGCUGCCCGACAAUGCAAAGGUUGAUGAGGUGAAAGCUGCUAUGGAUAAUGGCGUUCUUACUGUUACUGUUCCCAAGAGUGAGGCUCCUAAGCCUGAAGUUAAAUCUAUCAACGUUUCUUGAGCUUGUUUCAAGAAAAUCGUCGAAGAAAAUGUUGAUGUCGAUGAAUUUGUGUGUUACAGAGUUCUUAGUAGUGUGCUUCUAUGUAACUCUGUUUUUAUGGUUCUAUGUUACUAUGUUAGUAUGUUAUUUUCUUCUGUAAUAUGAUCGACUGAUCGUUCUUGUGUAAUAAAAAUACGGGUUUUGUGUUA